AUGAUCAAAUGUGCGGUCCACGGAACGGGGCACGGCUCAGAUCAUGUUACCAUUGAGACCAUUUUUGAUGUGCCUUGGACAGCUCCAACGCAGACAGACAGACUGCUGCUCAAGAAUGCACCGUGGAAAGAGAUCAAUGCCAGAAUCGCGAGCACGCUAACUGCCACUCCGGUGGAAGGUUCCGUGCAGCAGAAGACCGAUCGGCUGAUGUGCGCGGUGUCGGAAGCGGUUCGUGCGUUGACGCCGAAGGCCAAACCGUCACCGCACGCAAAGCGGUGGUGGACGGCGGACCUGACACAACUUCGUCAGAUAUACACACAUUGGAGAAACCACGCCCGCUCGGAACGACGAGCAGGACGAAAGGUGCCACAGCUGGAGGACAUGGCUGCAAGCGCGGCGAAACAAUAUCAUGACGCGAUUCGGAAACAAAAGAAGAAACACUGGAAUGAGUUUCUGGCCGACAACGACAACAUUUGGAAAGCUGCCAAGUAUCUCAAAUCUGGGGAAGAUGCAGCCUUCGGGAAGGUACCACAGCUCGUCAAAGCAGAUGGAACGGUUACCACCGAUCAUGGGGAGCAGGCGGAAGAACUACUGACUCAAUUCUUCCCGCCGCUGCCGGACAGCAUUGAUGAUGAGGGGAUUAGACCACAAAGAGCGCCAGUGGAUAUGCCGGCCAUCACCAUGGAAGAGGUAGAACGGCAGUUGCUUGCAACGAAGUCCUGGAAGGCACCAGGCGAGGAUGGCCUGCCGGCAAUAGUGUGGAAGAUGACCUGGCCCACGGUCAAACACCGGGUUCUCGAUCUCUUCCAGGCGUCACUGGAAGAAGGCACGCUGCCGAAACAGUGGCGACACGCCAAGAUCAUCCCGCUGAGAAAACCGAACAAGGAAGACUACACCAUUGCCAAGGCAUGGCGGCCGAUCUCACUGCUCGCCACAUUAGGCAAGAUCCUGGAAUCGGUGGUGGCAGAGAGAAUCUCCCACGCGGUAGAGACCCACGGCCUGCUCCCGACCAGCCACUUCGGAGCCCGAAAGCAGCGGUCCGCGGAGCAAGCACUCCUACUCCUGCAGGAGCAAAUCUACGCAGCGUGGCGAGGAAGACGGGUGCUGAGCCUGAUCAGCUUCGAUGUCAAGGGGGCCUACAAUGGGGUCUGUAAGGAACGACUGGUCCAGAGGAUGAAAGCGCGAGGUAUACCGGAGGUUCUGCUUCGGUGGGUUGAGGCGUUCUGCUCGGGACGAACGGCGGCCAUCCAGAUCAAUGGACAACUGUCGGAGGCUCAGGACCUGCCACAGCCUGGACUGCCUCAGGGCUCGCCCCUGUCUCCAAUCCUAUUUCUCUUCUUCAACGCCGACCUCGUGCAGAGGCAGAUCGACAGCCAGGGAGGAGCAAUUACCUUCGUGGAUGACUUUACCGCGUGGGUGACCGGGCUAACCGUACACAGUAACCGAGAGGGCAUCACAAGCAUCAUUAACGAAGCGCUCGACUAG